AAGUAGUAGAAGAAGAAGAAGUAGCGUGUUUCUUUUUUCCUCUCGUCCUCCAACAUGGCGGCCGCCAGGAGGUUGAAACGCGUGGUGGCUUCACAGCCUGGUUUUUUAAACUUCAAGUCCUCCUCGGAGUCGCUCAGCGGCCGGAGAAAACGCGUGAACAAGAACAAGAAGAAGAGCUGGAACAAACACAGCGACAUAAAUGACGUGGAGGAGUUUUUGGAAGACGUCCGGCUCCAGGAGAGGACCACGGGGGGCUUGCUGGCUGAAAAGUCAGACGACAGCUUGUUCUUUUUGGAUGUUGGACAACCGAAGAGAGCGGAGCGGAAGGCAGAACCCAUAGAGGGGAAGAAGAGAAAAGGGAAAACGCCACGUCCUCUGAGGAUAGACCUGAUCCUGCAGCAGGACUCCCUCAUCCCAGCACCUAAAGAUGUGCUGGCGUACCAGCAACCAAAUGCCAAGAAACUACGUCGCAUUUCCCAGAAGGCUGAGCAGCUGGCAGCCAAAGGCGUGGUGACCCGGAGGCAGAAACGUCUGCUGAGCAGACGGCCGGUCACCAAGGAGGCCAAGAAGUCCGACACAGAGGCCAACAACAACCCCAACAGAGACUAUUACGACAUAUGGGGGCAAGAGCAAUCUACAGUCAAAGAUUCAGCUGAGGACUGGUACCUUCAACAGACAGGCAAGAAGCGUGUUAAGCGUCCAGAGAAGUUGAGCGACAGGCCGUCGGUCCUCCCUGCUGUGGAAGUGAUCGCCCCCGGAGGAUCCUACAACCCAGACUUCUUCUCCCACCAGGCCUUGCUGAAGGAGGCCCACGAGGUGGAGGUAAAGAAACAAAAGGAGGAAGACAAAUUAGAGCGGCAGCUGGCCGUCAACAAGGACGACACAGCCACAGAGGAGACGGUCAUAAGAGAACAGGUGGAAGGUUUGGUAGAAGAGGAGGAGGAGGAGGAGGAGGAUGAAGAAGAAGCUGCUCAUGAUGAGGAAGAUGAGGAUGCAGAGGGAGGCAGCUCAUUGGCAAAGAAGAAGACUGAGAGACAGAGGAAGAGAGAAAAGGCUGACAAAAUUAAGGAGCUGAGGCGGCUGGACAGCAAGCGGCAGAUGGACCAUCGGCAGCAGCUCUUCCAGCUCCGCUCCAUCAAGGCGUCCAUCAAGCAGCAGGAGCAGAGUACAGAAGACAAACAGAAAAUACGCAAGGCCAAUCAGGAGGCCGAGAAGAGCCAGCCCAGACGCCUCGGCAAACUCAAGUUCCAGGCUCAGGACCUUGAGGUUCAGUUGAGCGACGAGCUGGCAGGCUCCCUGCGACAACUCAAGCCAGAGGGCAGCGUCCUCAAGGACCGCUUCAAGAGUCUGCAGAAAAGGAACCUGAUCGAACCCAGAGAAAGAGCCAAGUUCAAGAGGAGGCACAAGCUGAAGUAUGUGGAGAAGAGGGCUUUCAGAGCGAUCACUUAAUGCCGACCGACAGACCACAGGAGCUGAGGAGGAGGAGGGCGUCAUUUAAAGCCACAAGUGCAACAUAAUGGAACUGUGUAUAUACAACUUAAAGACUGUUGAUAGCCCGUGUGUCCCAUUCAGACAAUUUCAACUUCUUACAAAUAAAUGUCAUCCAACAAUAAUUAUAUAUAAAAUGUGCUGGAGAUGGG